CAAGGUGCUGAUGCGGCUAGAAAAUUCCAAAUUUACGAACAAGUACUGCUUUUGGAUACAUUUGUGUAUCGUUUUGCAUGUGAAUAGCUCCGAUCGAUAGCAAUGAUUAAGCGCAGUACGAAGUUGACCUAAAUCUGCAGUAGGUAUUGAAGAAAAGUGUGCUAUGACCUUCUAAGGCUUCCUUGAAUGAUAGCGAUAACCGUCCAAGGAUGUUACUGAGGCAAUUCAUAUCGGCAAGCAAUGCCAUCGAGGAAAUUUACAUCGUCAAGCGGGAAAACGAAAGUGAUAAUGAAGAGAGUCCAUCCGCGGACAAACUGCUCCCGGAAACGGAAGCAGUUCCGGCUUCCAUGAUGGCAGCUGCUGAUAUGGAAUCGGUUCAACCUAUCGAGAUUAAAAGUGAACCUGAGGAUGAGGACCCCGAUUUGCUAAAGAUUUUGAAAGAGGAAGUACUGGAAGAAACUCCAUUAACGGAAAGGAAUCCACCUCUAGUCGAACAGGAUCUUUUAGUCAAAACUGAAGACGAAGAUGAUAUACCACUUGCAGAGCGCUUGAAAAAACUGAAACAAACGAAAGCAGCUUCAAGAGGAAGGAAGCGAAAGAAAGCGAAGGCAGUGUUCAAGAGCAGUUCAGAUUCAGAUGACUCAAACGAUUUUCCGGAUGAUGACGAUGGCGAACGAGUCCGAGAGGAACCAAACUGCAAUAUUUGUUCAAUGACAUUCACGACUCGACGCGAGCUUAAAAAUCACCUGCGGAAAAAGCAUCUGGAUAUGCUUCCAUUCCGUUGCGAUAGAUGUGCCUCGGGUGAACUGAAAAGCAUUUGCUCGCUUAACCGACACUUUGAAAUGCACGAUCCGAGCAAACCUCACAAGUGCAACUACUGCGAGGGACGUUUCGCUACGAGAAUCCACCGAACGGCUCACCAGAGACGGUUCCACAAGGCGGAUCUGGAAAACGAUACCAUUCGGAAUGCAAACCGACGCUUCGUAUGUCGGUACUGCAAUAAACGAUUCGCUGCCAAGUUCAAUUUGGAACGGCACGAACGGAACCACGAGAUGAAGAUCACCGAUGAUGAGGAGUUCCUAAAUCGUCGCAAUAAAUGCUACCUUUGUGAUUUGAAACCAUGCGAUUCCAAAGACGCACUGAACGAUCAUCUGAGCAUUCACGUUGACAAAUUGCCUUACUCGUGCCACAAGUGCGAUGAACUAAUGAUAAUCACUUCAGUUCGUUUGCUGAAUAAACAUCUGGCCUCGCACGAGGAACCGGAGAAGCCGAUCAAAUGUGUGUAUUGUAGUGAGAGAUUCAUUUCCGUGGUGGCCUGCCAAGCUCACGAAAGGACACACGCCCAAGAGAAGGAAGCAGACGAAAAAGCGGUGGCGAAAAUCGAAGCCACACGGAUCUCAACCAAGAUCAUCAUCGUCGAUGGAAUGAAACGCUACGAAUGCGGAUAUUGUGGAAAUUCCUAUUCACUGCUAAGUACUCUUAGAAGACAUGAAAAUAUCCACACCGGAAAGGUUCAGUACAUUUGCAAAAUUUGCGGCAAGAUUUUCAACAAAUCUUCCUGUUUGCUCCAACACGAGAGGACCCAUUCCCAGGAUGCUCCCUACAAGUGCGAGAUAUGCAAUCGAGGAUUCAAGGAAACAAUUCGUCUGAUCGAACACCGCCGCAUUCACAGCGGAGAGAGACCAUUCACCUGUACGAAUUGCUUCAGAAGCUUCCGGAUUAAACCACUCCUCAAGGAACAUAUUCUACAGUGCACCGCACCGGAUAUCAGCAUUGAAUGCAAGUGUCGCUUCUGCAUUAGCGUUUUCAGCUGCUAUCGGGACCUGUCCGAUCAUAUUGUCAACAACCACCCGUUGACGAUCGAGGAGACGCAGUGCGAAUUUUGCGAUCUACGCUUCAAGGAUAGCAUCCAACUGGCGGAACACGAGCAUUACCAUCGGAAUCCGAAUUCGAUAAAAUGCAACGUUUGUGGACGAAUUUUCAAGCAGCUGUCCAACUUACGUCGGCAUCAGCGACUGCACACCAACGAUGCGAUCCCUUUCCAGUGCGAUCUGUGUGGGAAGCAUUUUUCGCAAGCCGGUGCUUUGAAGGUUCACAAACGGAUCCAUUCGGGUGAGAAACCUUACAAGUGCGAUUUGUGCGACAAGACGUUCUACCACAGUUCGACUAUGAAUCGCCACAAACGUUCGCACUACAAGUCCCAGAGCAAGCUGUACCUGUUUGGUGAGAAUUCCACUUCCCAGACGGGUGAUGCCACCGUCCCACCGGAGAGAAAACCCGAUGUAACGAUCAUAACCAUUUCCACCAUCGAAGAGUGCAUGCAACCGGAAUCCAUAGUCCCCGAUUCGAUGUUGAACUACGACCAUCCGUCAAUUCCCACCUCGGUCGAAAGUCACACUCUGCUCGAUGUGACGCAGCAAGUGCCUACCAAUGUUCACCCUCAGCAGCAGCAGCAGCAAAUUCAGCUAUCUAAUUUUGAGAUUUCCGGGACGAGUACUCCUACGACGACCACACUGGAUGAUGGUACAUCGCUGUACGUGUUGAACACGAAACUGUUGAUACCGCAAACGAUCAUGCAACACCAAGAUCACUCGGCUGACUGUUUGAAUUUGGAACCUUCGAUUGGGCCUAAUAUGUAGCAGCUGUAAUAGCCUAUAGGGAGAAAGAUUUCAUUGUAGGAAUAGCAUCGUAGCUAUCUUACACAUUUGGAUUUGUUUUAGAAUGAUGCUCAGCUUCAUUGUAAUUUAUGCAACGAAUGUGGGAACACGUUUUAGAUUUAUGGCAGCACAUUGGAAUGUGUAGAAUUGGAAUAGAUGUGCAACAUUUUAUGUCAAAUCGAAUGAAUAAAUAAAUGUA